CUAUGUCGAAAACAGACAGACAGAAACCAAAUAACAAAGGCAAUAAAUAGUACGUCUGUUAUGAUAUCGAAAUAAAGUUUACUAACUUGAUCAUCGUUCGUUAGACAGGGGUCAUUUUUGGUUCUCAGGUUGGUCAAUUGGUAAAGAUAACAAAACCAAGUGUAGAUUGUUGGAUUUGAUCAGUGUGUGAAAUUAUAAAAACAGUGUGUGUUUGCAUAGUGAACUUGCUUAUCACAUUCUUGUUGAUUUUGUCACUUCACGGGGGAGGGGGUGUUGUAACCAGGUCAGAUUCUGUUUAUUAUAGCUUAUUAAAGAUCAGGACUCAAGAAUCUCUCUCACUGAUGCAGGUUUGUUAUGGAAAUGCACGUAAACAAUAUUCAUCAAGUGAUAUUGCCUUGAACUCUAAAUAUAUGCCAUUACCUCAGAAGGUUAUGACCACCAGCUUUCCGGAGACAUGUCAUUAUGUUAAUCCCAAUGGUAUUACUGCUCAGACUGAUAUUUCUCCACAAUCUAACUAUCAAGCCAGUCAUCUGUCUAACUGUCGUGGUGCUGAUGCCAGAGCUGCGUAUUAUGCUGCUGCUGCCGCAGCGGCUGCAUUCUCCUCAAAGCCAGCCUCACAGCUUAUACCAAUAUCUGGUGGUAGUACUUCUUCUAGCCUGCCAUGCUUGCAUCAGUAUGCUUCAUUGGGCGCUGUAAACGAAGCUCAUCAGCAUUUGCCAGUCAGUGUGGCGGAACCAGGCAAUGUAUGCACAAUUAUUGAGUGCACUCCUGCAACUAUAAUAAUCUCCCAAAGCAAACCUGAGAUUUGUAUGCGAUCGUGUCAGGCUGCAGCAGGAGGUCAUCCAACUUAUGCACCUGCAUUACAACGUUCUCUUUCAUUUUAUGAUCUAGUAAGUGCUGGCGGUGCUGGUACCGCAUUGUCUUUGCUAAGUGCUGUUACUGCCCCCGCAACAUCACCUUUCCUAAUCAACAAUUCUAUACAAACUUCCAAUAUUCAACCGUCAAAUAUUCUGUCUACAAACAGUCUUUCAAAUGAUGUCCGACAAAUGUUACAUCAUCCUGUUCAUUCUGUUUGUCUUCAACGAGGAUUAAACAACAGGCUAUCUUCUGUUGAAGGUGAUAACUCAUUUGUGCUAGAUAUUACUAAUCAUGAGAAAGGCAUUGCAGCGCAUCCUAUUGUUCAGCAUAAUUGUGUUAAUGUAACAUGCAAACCAAAAAGUCGACUAUGUGAUACACUAUGUGCUUUAGUGAAUCAUCAACAUUUGUAUAAAAAUCCAGCAACUGCAGCUGCAGCAUUGGCGGUAGCUCGUCAACAUCAACAAAAUUUCAGCAACAACAAUAAUCGAAGGCAUUCAUUAAUUUCUGCCAAAAGUGUUCAAAGUAGUGAUUAUAAUUUUGUUCAAGCUAUGUCUAAAGGAUGCGGUGGUUGUCGUUCAGAUUAUCCAACACACUUAACAUCAGGUGUACUGCACAACGCCAAAGUCAAUGAAGUGACUCGUUUGGAUCCAAAAUGUUCAGUAAGUAUCUUUUGACUGCUUCAAAAUCAAUUACUCAGUUAUCAUUCCUAGUGUGUUUUUUUAUCUACCUAAUUACAACCUAAGUGUUCAAUAUUUUUAAGAAAAUAUAUUGUAGGUUGAUUGGUGGAUGGUGACUAGCAGUGGAAUCCACCAGGAUAACCCGCGUUUCAUCCCAUUUGGGACUUGUCAGCUACUGGACGUAUCUGCAUUCCACAGUGAGUUAUGAUGUUCCCACUGGGUUCGAGCCUCAAGCAUCCUGGAUUCCACUGCUAAUCGCCAUCCAGCAGUUGACCUCUGAUUACAUGCCCAGACAUCAUCGAAGCAUCUGCACAAGAAGCCGACAUGUCAAUCUGAGACCCGAGCACUUCGGUCCAAUCAGUCGACGGGAAAAUCUAAAAUUCAAUUAAAUAAAGUAUAUUGUAGUUUUCUGAAGUUGAGUUUGUAUGUCUUUGACAGAUCUUAGGGUAGAAUGGAAUUUUCAGCAUUUUACUACAGUAUUGCCCGAAAGGGAAGCGGCGUGUGGGACAUGGAGGAGAUCGUGUGAAGAGUUGAA